CUCUUGUGUUGCUUUUGCUCCUUUCUGAGCCAGGCGGGCAGCCUCGGGAGGAUCUCUGGGUGGGGGGAAAAGACAGCUGGACCAGAUCCCGGCAAGUGUGAAUGAGCAAGGAGGAUGUCUCAACUGUCAGUGAAAGAACAUCUGGAUGGGAUCCUUUCGGACUUUGAAGCCUUGAAGAGGUCCUUUGAGAUGGAAGACGUGGAAGAAGACCCUUCAUGCUCAACCAAAUCUUCUGCAAAUCCCUGCCCCUCUGAAAAUGGAGAGGGGAAAAAAACGAGAGGACCCAUGCAGAGCACCUACUCAUCUCCCAUCGGCCUGAGCAACAUCUCCAGUCCUUCACACAGCCCGAUCCCCAAAACCAGGAUCACGAACAGCCUGUCUUUCAACCGAGGUACCCUUCAUUUGCCUCGGGCUAAUGGGACCAACCUUGUCAGGGUGUCCUCCUUCCAAACUUGGCUGAAUCCCAAUGGAUUCUCUUCCUCUUUAGGGCCAGGAAGUGAUGAGAGUCUCCAUAGUUCUUCUUCCAGUUUGGAGUGCCCAACACCCACAAGAUGCCCCCAGAAUCCUGUUCGGCAAUCUGAGUCCUCUGGAAUUGAGACCCCUCAGCUCUCUAAUCCUUUGCUGAAGAAGUUCUCCUCCCACGGGAAUGUCUUCCAUGCUGAGGUGGACCGUCCUAUCCGGCAGGUCUCCAAGGCUACCAUGAAUCACAGCUCCUUGCCGUCCCUUGACCUGCACAUCGCAGAAGACCAGGGGCCCAGUCCUAUCCUUUGCUCCACCUCGGACAUUGACCCUGCCAAGAGGUGGAGCUCCCAAGACCAAAAUUCCAUCUCGCCUCUUCCAAAGAAUAGAACGUUACUGAGAAAGGAUUCUCCUUGCUCUGCCAUGGGGGUAGGCCAGUUGGGGAAUGUGACUCCUGUGGCUCCUUUGGCCUCCAAGCAAACCACAAAGUUUCAAACAUUUCCCACCAGCCUGGACAGGUUCAUUGGAAACCCCACGGUUGGUUGUGUUCUCCCUUUGGUGGGUGAGCCUGGGCUCAAAUCUUUGCCUAAGGCCCAACUUCAGAUCAACCUUGGCCAUAGCCUGCCUCAUAUAUCUCCAGAGCUGGCCAACAAAGAUCAAGUGAUCAUAACCCAUGACACUUCCCUAACCACCUGUUAUGGAAGCCCACCAGAGAUAUCAGAAACAGCAAGAACAGAUCCUCGUCCUCAGUCUGCCUCUUUCCAGUUAGUCUCUCAAUCUCCAUCUGCUCACCCUACUUCCCAGUCCUCUCCAAUGACAGUGCCAGCUCCCCAAGGAAGCCCAGCUUUGCCCAACCCAAGAGAAAAUGGUCCUGCUCUGAUUGGUUCCAUCUCCUGUCAAGAUGCUUCCAAGGCUUCAAACCCAGAGUUGCCUUCUGGCCCAGGGGAAGAGUCUGGAGACCAGCCUCUGGAGAUCUUUGAGAAGAAGGAAGAGACUGCAGAGAGGAACUCACUAAAAGAAGAGAUUCAUCCCAAGCUUCAGCAGCUGAGCAUGGAGGACAAUCUAGCAGGAGAACCAAUUCCCCAGGAUGGUCCAGCCCUCAAGACCACGGACGGCGGACUAUUCGGCUACGUGGGGAUUGAGGCCGUCCUGGACCAGAUGCGUAUCAAGACCAUGAAAACCGGAUUUGAGUUCAACAUCAUGGUUGUAGGACAGAGUGGUCUUGGGAAGUCCACCAUGGUCAACACCCUCUUUAAAUCCAAGAUAAGUCGGAAAUCAGCCUGUUCCGGAUACGAGGAGCGAAUUCCCAAAACUGUGCAGCUGCUCUCUGUCACCCAUAUCGUUGAAGAAAAAGGAGUGAAGAUGAAGCUAACAGUCACGGACACCCCAGGAUUUGGGGACCAGAUUAACAAUCAAAACUGCUGGGAGCCGAUCAUUCAGUAUAUCAAUGACCAGUAUGAGCGUUAUUUGAAAGAGGAAAUCCUGAUUAAUCGCAAGCAGAAAAUCCCAGAUACCCGUGUGCACGCCUGUGUGUAUUUUGUCCCCCCGACAGGCCACUGGCUCCGCCCCUUGGACCUGGAGUUCAUGAGACGCCUCAGUAAGAUCACCAAUGUGGUGCCGGUCAUCGCCAAAGCGGACACCUUGACACUCGACGAAAGGGCAGAGUUUAAACAGAGGGUCCAGAAAGAUCUGAAGGCUCAUGGCAUCCAUGUUUACCCCCAAGUAGACUUUGACGAUGAUCCAGAUGAUCGGCUUUUGAAUGAUAAAAUACGGGAGAAAAUCCCCUUUGCAGUUGUUGGUGCAGACAAGGAACACCAGGUGAAUGGGAAGAAAAUCCUGGGCCGCAAGACCAAGUGGGGGAUCAUUGAAGUGGAAAACUCAGCCCACUGUGAGUUUCCUUUGCUGCGGGAUCUCUUAAUCCGGUCUCACCUCCAGGAUCUCAAGGACAUCACCCACAGUGUACAUUAUGAACAAUACCGCAUCCAGCGCCUCAACGAAAGCAACCGGCUGGCCAAAGGUGGCGAGUGGCUGUCACUGAGCUCUCUCACCUAUGAGCCACAGGGACAACAUGGCCUCCCUUGCACCGCCUCAGCCCCACCACCCCUCCAGUAGCCGGUGCAGAUUGGUUUCCCCUUCCUUCCUUCUUUUUUUUUGUGGAGGGGGAAAAAAAAUCAGCUGGAGCAAUGAUCCCAGAAGACAUCAAAGUCCCUCUGUAGCCCUCAUGUUUUUUUCUCAGCAUCUAUGCCCCACUACUGGACACUUUUCUUUCCAUCUGUCUUUCAUCCAGUUUCACAAUUUGGAGAGAAGAGCAAUGCUGGAACGGCUGGCCAUUUAGCCCACCUGUUCACAUUCUUUGCCAUCGGCACCAUCUUUUUGGUGACCUCUGCUUCUCUGCUAAACUCUAUGCUGCAUUCCAGAAAAACCUCCAUGCUGCCCUUGGAAGCAGGUUCAGAUGUUUGGAUGUGGGCCCACUGUCCCUAGCAGACCUCCUUCCUUCCUUAUCCCAGAUCCUAAUUCUUUCCUUAGUUUCAUCCUAAAGCUAGCAGCUCGGUGGCACUUCCCUGUCACACUUAUGGGGUGGGGGGUGGCGGGCGAGAGACCCCGAAGGUUUUACGUCAGGUCAAACAUGGAGCUCACAAAUUCUGUUAGCCCAAGUGGUGACUCUUUCUACGUGGUAGAUUGUCCCAAACUGGGAGGUUGGUAGCUGUAAGAAGGUAGGAGAGGAAAUACGAUAUUCAGGUGAAGGGCCAACAUUCCUAUGUGACUUGGGCUGACUGACAGCACCUAAAUUACUCAUCUGGAAAUUGAUUAGACAACAGGAGGAACAUUGCGUAUUACAAGCAAUCUUCUCCCAAGAGACCUGUGUCACCUUGUACAAUGUUUUGAGUUUUUGACUGUGGAAUGCUCUUUCUGGAUAUAUCUCAUCCUGAGAUCCAUGGGUCUGGAACAAUGCAGAAGAUUAGUUCCAGCCUCGUCCAAUGUCAGUGCAGAAGAAGAGACCUGGGAAAGCUUUUCCAUUUUCCAGACUUUGCUCAACUGCCCAAGUUUUUGGUUCCCUCCAUGACAUUGACACUCCUGAGCGAAGGGCUCAUCUUGGUCAACUUGUGAGUCUUUCCAGUUAUUACAUUAAAUCCCAAUUUAGAAGG